UUUUUGUCAUUUCGAUUUGCCAUCUCAAAACUCCAUUUUUUCUACUGAAAGGUCAAUUUCUUUAUGAGAAGAGAGAAAAAAGGGAAGAGGAAACACUUGAUAGUCCAACCACUCAUGCUUUGAUCCGCGUGCUGUGUGUGUUUAUAUUUUUGUGACUUUUUUAAUAAAAAAAAGAAAAUUCCCUUUUAGCUGUGGAUGGGUUGUUGGUGAUAGGGCGAGGGGACGAGGAAGCCCCACUUAGAUUUUUCAGUAUUACUUUUUUGCAGUGUGUUUUUUGUUCCUUGGUUUUGGAUUUUUUAGAGCAUGCCUUCUUUGAUUGGUUCCUCUCAUACCACUAGAUUCUCUCAAUAUUGCCUUGGCCUUAUUCCUCUCAUCAAUUGUUUAAUAUACAUGCAUUUUCUUGAACUAGUGUUUUUUUUGUUGGUGGGGUGAUUUUUUUCAGUCUUUGUGAAGCUUGAUUCUUGCUUGCUGCAAGAGAUGGAGCCUAGUGUUGUGGGAUUCAAGUAGUGUGUGUGUGUGUGUGUGUGUGCUGGAGAGAGAAGGGAGAAGAUGGCUUCUAUUGAAGAAAAGAUGAAGCCAGGAGGAGGAGGUUUGGUGAGUGGGGAAAGCAAUAUGAUUGAUGGUAUGAAGCUGUUGAAGGAAAUGCAGGAUCACAGUGGGGUAAAGAAACCAAUAAAUUCUGAGCUGUGGCAUGCCUGUGCUGGUCCACUCGUCACCUUGCCUCCGGUGGGAAGCCUCGUAUACUAUUUCCCACAAGGCCAUAGCGAGCAGGUUGCCGUCUCCACAAAUAGGUCAGCAACGACACAAAUACCAAACUAUCCGAAUCUCCCCACUCAGUUGCUGUGCCAAGUUCACAACGUUACACUCCAUGCAGACAAAGAAACCGAUGAGAUCUAUGCCCAGAUGAGCCUGCAGUGUGUAAAUUCUGAAAAGGAUGUAUUUCCUAUACCCGAUUUUGGACUAAAACCGAGUAAACAUCCAACCGAGUUCUUCUGCAAAACUUUGACAGCUAGUGAUACAAGCACGCAUGGCGGUUUUUCUGUUCCUAGGAGGGCGGCCGAAAAGCUUUUCCCUCAAUUAGAUUACUCGAUGCAACCUCCAUUUCAAGAACUAGUGGUCCGGGAUUUACACGAUAACACCUGGACCUUUCGCCACAUAUACCGGGGGCAGCCGAAGCGGCACCUUCUUACAACUGGCUGGAGUAUGUUCGUUGGAGCAAAGCGGCUUCGAGCUGGUGAUUCAGUGCUGUUUAUCAGGGACGAGAAAUCGCAGUUGUUGCUAGGAGUGAGGCGUGCCAACCGCCAGCAAACAAUGAUGCCAUCUUCCGUUCUAUCUGCUGACAGCAUGCAUAUAGGAAUCCUUGCUGCUGCUGCUCAUGCUGCUGCUAACAGAAGCCCGUUUACGAUCUUUUACAAUCCGAGGGCAUGCCCCUCGGAGUUUGUCAUUCCGUUGGCUAAAUAUAGAAAAGCAGUUUUUGGGACGCAGCUGUCUAUUGGUAUGAGGUUCGGCAUUAUGUUUGAAACCGAAGAAUCCACUAAACGGAGAUACAUGGGCACGAUCAUAGGAAUAGGCGACAUAGAUCCAUUAAGAUGGCCCAACUCGAAGUGGCGUAGUCUUCAGGUGGAGUGGGACGAGCCUGGAUGUGGUGAUAAGCAGAAUCGAGUUAGCCCUUGGGAGAUCGAGACUCCCGAGAGCCUCUUCAUAUUUCCAUCUCUAACCGCAAACAUGAAACGCCCUUUCCACUCGGCUUUCAUAGGAGCACUGCCCGAAUGGGAUUCUUUAAUGAAUCGGCCUUUCCUCAGGGUUCCGGAGAAUCCACAUGGCGAGCUUCAAUGCCCCCCGAUAUCAAGCAUGUGGCCCGAGCAAUUGUUGAAGAUGCUUGCAAAGCCUCAUGGUAUGAUGAGUCCUCAUCCUAUGCAGGAAAUGAAAGACGUUGCGUUACACGAACCAAAGUCUCUAGUGCAACCGGCCAUCAAGGACGUUUGUCUGCAAGCCGACAAUCAUUCUCAGAGCUUCACCGGCCAGCCAUACAUAACUAACUUGAGUAACUCACUACCCGGAAAGCCUAACAUAUCCGGGAACCUAACAUCUCCGGGAGCUGGUCAGGAACUGUCGAAGAUCAACUCCGUUCCUGCUGCGAAUCAAUCAGCUCAGUGCCAGUCCGCGGGACAGCUCAGCGAAGAAAACUUGAUGUGUAAGCCCGCGAAUCCACAAAGCUUCAGCAACGAUUUGAUGGUCUCGGGGCAGAUUGGUGGGGGCUCCGCGCCUUUCCAAACGAGUCCAUGUGGAAUGCAAUCACACCUGGAGACACAUAGUCUUCAAACUCCAACGGUCGAUCCAUCCCACGUUGAAUCUACUAAUGCCAACGCCUUGGUCGAUUUUAGCCCAUACCCGAUGAUGUGUCCGUCUCCUCCCCCCGGAUUGUAUAGAAACACGGGAUCCUUGUCUGUGUUCAAGAACCCCAACCAGUCUCCCAUGUCGUCUGAAGUUGCUUACCCGAUGAUUCUGCCUUCAGUCGGACAAGAGCUGUGGGACGGCCAGUUUAGCAACCCCAAGUGCGCCGGUCUUCCCGUCCUGCUGCCACAUCACGAUAUGUCGAACUUCCAAUACGGUUCGAAUGUCUUGAAGGACUUGUCAGAUGAUAACCACAGCCAAAGUGACAUAUACAGCUGCCUCAAUCUUCACGGGAGUAACAGCGGGAGCACGGUGAUAGACCCUUCUUCGGUCUCGAGCACCAUCUUGGACGACUUCUCUGCCCUGAAGAACAUGGAUUUCGCGAACCCCUCGGAUUACAUGGUGGGGGGCUUCUGCUCGACCCAAGACGUCCAGUCCCAGAUCACGUCGGCCAGCUUAGCAGACUCCCGGACGUUCUCCAUACAGGAAUACGCUGACAACUCAGGUGGGGCGUCAUCUAGCAACGUCGACUUCGAUGACAACAAUCUCCUGCAGCAGAGCUCCUUCCAGCAAGUCACUCCUAGAUUCCGGACUUACACAAAGAUACAAAAGGCGGGAUCGGUGGGGAGGUCGAUUGACGUGUCGAGUUUCAAAACGUACAACCAGCUGCGGUCGGAGAUUGAACGAAUGUUCGGGCUGGAGGGCCUGCUGAACGACCCAGGCUCGGGAUGGAAGCUCGUGUACGUGGACUUUGAGAGCGACGUGCUUCUCGUUGGGGAUGAUCCGUGGGAGGAGUUUGUUGGGUGUGUUCGAUGCAUAAGGAUUCUGUCGCCGGCGGAGGUGAAGCAGAUGGGGGAGGAGGGGAUGCAGCUGCUCAACUCCGCGGCGGGGAUGCAGCUGCAGGGGGAUUCAACUUGAAUGAUCAUAUUAGAUGAAUGUUGUCUGUAAAUUGGAUUCUGAUUCAACCUUUCAUCAUUCUAUUUCUCCCCACAAAACUUCGUGUAUCGCUCUAAAUUUUGUCGAAAAAUAAACAGAAAUAUGCAUAUUCAAAGUCUACAGAAAUAAAUACUUAUAUAAAUACUA